AUGUUGAUCUCGGAAGUGCGAGUUUUCGAGCCUGCGGGAACGGAAAUGGGAUGGUUUAGCAGUAUAGAGGUUUGGCGGGUGAUGGCGACAUGGGCGGCUCCAGCCUACUACCUCCUCUUUUACCUACUCGUCGCAGUUAGUUGGGCCGCUGCAAUGCGUUGGGGACACCUCCUCUACCGCAGCCCUAACCGCCCCAAAAAACCGAAGAAAUCAAAGACAUUAGACGGAUGGAGGGGGAGGAGGCGGAAGUUGAGAGACCCCCUAUUGGUGGAGGUGGAGGCUCAAAAACCACCCCAGGCCGCUGAUAAUCCCUACGACUUUGAAGAGCAGACCUAUACCAAAACCUUCCUUGCUAAACACGGAAUUCGACCUCAGGAGGCGGAUUCUUAUACGCAAAAAAAUCAAACUCCGAACACUAUUAAAUAG